CCGGCCCAUCGCCCUGCGCCCCGCCGCCCACCAGCCUGUCGCGCGUGCAACCUCCGCGCAAGGCCAAGACGGCCGCCGCGACACUCGACAAGUAUGGACCUGACCUGCUCUCCUGGCUGGACGCGGCCGAGACGCUGGGCCUAGAUGGGAACCGAAAGCUGCGAGACUUGGCCGCGGGCAAGCAUUCCGCUUCCACCAUGCCGGCCGUCGCAGCGCUGCAACUGCACACGCUGCACACGCGGGUCGGUGGUGCACAGCACGCAGCCAAAAACCUGGCCGCAAGCGACGUCGUCACGCCGCUGAGCGUUACGUCCAUCCCGCAUGCACAUGGAGUGUAAGCGACACGCUCGCAACAAGGGAGAAGCUCAGAUUCGCAUCGAAGAGACGGGGCAGUUCGUGGCCACGGAGACCGACUUGCAGAGACAGCGUUUCUCUCGAGCAGACACAGUGACGGAUGAUGCUCAACAAACGGAACACAACCGAUGAUGGUGGCCUUCCACUUCGACGCCUUUUACCUAGUCAACAUCCGUUUUGGCAACCCGUACCUCGACUACAUUGGGAAUCUGGACAGCGUCGCGUUUGAUCCGGCGACCACAACGAUUGACGACUUUGCCAAGUUCGAAGAGCAUGGUCCAUUCCGGAUCGGUGAUGAGGAGGAUAUGGUGGCUUUCAUGAAGCUCUGUCUGGCCAUUGUAUUGUCCCUGAUGGCCGAGACUGUGGAAGGAAGAGCGUUGAUCACGAAGCUUGAGCGGGAAUUGGAUGCGCUUACGAAGGCGCUCUCGCAGCCCGGGUUGGAAAAGCUGCAAAUCCUGGCGCAAGUGCACGGCGAAGACCUGCUCGGAAAGCUGGAGCGGCUGGAGGAAGUGCACAGAGGAGACUUUCUAGAUCUUGCGGUAGAGCGGGAAUUGUAUAGGGCCAGGUUGAGGCGUCUACUGGGGAGUUACAGGCUGGAGGCGGCAUUCUAAUAAACCAGACGACCUCAGAUCCUGAAGGUACACAUCAAAUCAUGCCAGGGCAAAUCGACACUUUCAGGGUCACAAUUCAACCGAUUACUGCGGCAUGCGCGAACGGGUAUAUAUUGGAGGCGUUGAAGCUUUUGCGUGGCGUGUUAGCUAGCAUCACCGGCAGAGAGCGGAGAAGAGCCAUGCGCCAGCCCCGCUCUGCGUAUGUUUAUUUUCUGUCGCUUGACAUCCCAGCUGUGGUGCAUCCAACAGUUUACUAGCAAGCACUUGCGUGGCA